AAUACUAUUUUGUUUCAGCUCUACUUAGUAUUAUGGUAUCAAAACUUUUUGCAUAUAUAUUUAAAAAAUCAAAUUUGACAUUCUAACUGUCACAUUUAUCAAAACGUCAUCUAUGACUAAGGUAAAAAUGUUUCCAUCGCCACUUUUGAACCGUAUAAGACCGACACAAAGUACUUUUAUAUUUAAGCGAAAUGCAGGAGGCACUCCAACUGACCCGAUCCAAAAACUAUUCGUCGAAAAAAUCAGGGAAUACAAACAGAAAAGCGUAGGUGGCGAAUUCGUAGACCCAAGCCCAGAUAUCAAGAAGGAAUUGGCGGCUGAAAUGGCGAAACUGGACAAAAAUUAUGGAGGCGGCCCAAAUGUUGAUAUGACGGCUUUCCCACAGUUCAAAUUUGAUGAGCCAAAGAUAGAUCCCAUUGAUAACGUCAAAACAGCGCCAGCGAAGCAGGAGAAGAAGAAGGACGAGAAGAAGGACGAGAAGAAGGGCGGGAAGAAAUAAAUAAUAUUUGUAGUUAUGGUUAGAUUGUACAUACAUCGUAUUAAACUGUGAUUAUACAA